AUGUCUGCUGCCGUCGAGAAGGUUUCCGAAGCCGUCAAUGACGUUACCAAUGCUCUGAGCAAUGCCACUAUCUCCGACAAGGCCGCCGAUAAGCCUGCCGCCAACAACGAUGCCGUCCUCGCCAGCGCUGCUGAGGGACGCCGUCUGUACAUCGGCAACCUGGCCUACGCGACAACGGAGGGGGAGUUGAAGGAGUUCUUCAAGGGUUACCUUGUUGAGUCCGUCUCCAUUCCCAAGAACCCUCGCACCGACCGACCUGUUGGCUACGCCUUCGUCGACCUCUCCACCCCUUCCGAGGCCGAGCGCGCCAUCUCUGAGCUUUCCGGCAAGGAGAUUCUCGAGCGUAAGGUCUCGGUUCAGCUUGCCCGCAAGCCUGAGCCCGCUGGAGAGAAGACCGAGGGUGCCAACGGUGAGGGUGCUGGUGAGGGUAACCGCCGCCGCGCCUCCGGUCGUGGCCGUGGACGUGGCCGCGGCCGUGGCGGUCGUGGUGCCCGCGGUGGCCGCAACGAGGAUGGCACUCCCAUCGAGGGUGCUGCCGCCGAGGUCCCUGCCGGCGCUCCCGCUACCUCUGAGGUUCUGCCUCUGACCGAUGCCACCAACAAGGAUGCCGCCAAGACCCAGAAGGCCGGCGAGUCCGCUGAGGCUCGUGCCCCCCGUGAGCGUCGCGAGCGUGGCCCUCCCGCCGAUGGCAUUGCCUCCAAGACCAAGGUCAUGGUCGCCAACCUCCCCUACGAUCUGACCGAGGAGAAGCUCAAGGAGCUCUUCGCCGCCUACGAGCCUUCUUCCGCCAAGAUCGCUCUCCGCCCCAUCCCCCGCUUCAUGAUCAAGAAGCUUCAGGCUCGCGGCGAGCCCCGCAAGGGCCGUGGCUUCGGCUUCGUUACCCUCGCCUCUGAGGAGCUUCAGCAGAAGGCUGUUUCCGAGAUGAACGGCAAGGAGAUUGAGGGCCGCGAGAUCGCCGUCAAGGUCGCUAUCGAUAGCCCCGACAAGACCGACGAGGAGGCCAACGCCCCCAAGGAGGAGACCAAGGCCAACGGCACCCAGGAGGCUGCCACCGAGGCCGCGGCUGCUCCUGCUGCUGCCGAGACCCCGGCUGCCGCUCCCGCCACCACCGCCUAA